AUGUUCACCAAAAAUCACAACAAUAAAGUGAAGUUUCAGGACCAGCAGCUGGACGACUAUGUACUGGAGAACUCUGUUUUGAAGAGCAAGUUACAGAGUAAAAUCGAUGCGCUGUUGAUAAUGAGCCGUGAAUUAGAUAAAUGCAGCAUGGAGAGGGACCGGUACAAAGUUCUGGUGGAACAGUUCAAGUGCAAAAAGCCUGUGCUACACUCACAAGAUUCAAAUUACAGCAAAUACAAAUUCACUCCUACAAACACUAUCAGUGGAGGUGACAUGCUGGCCAAAACUAGGGAUCAUAACAACAUGUUAAAAUUAGAGGUUGAGACUUUACGUAGCAAACUAGAAGAGGCUACUGGGGAUAUAGUUGCAUUAAGGAAGGAGUUACAGAAGAAAGAAUAUUACUUUGAAGACAAUAAUGACACCAAAAAGUCCUCAAACCUGACAUACUCUAAUCAAGAUUAUGAAUUAUUAGUGCAGGAACUAGAAAAGAUUCAGAAAAAAUACCAACAACUCCAAUUAGACUAUCGAGCUACUUUAGAUGAGAAAGAAGAGUUGGUUUCUGAUAGAGACUAUUAUAAAAACAAAGUACAACGUUUGAAUCAGCAAAUCAGUUACAUCCUGUCCAACAGAGUCAAAGGUCAGAUAGCCGAUAAAGAGUUGGAUCCUCCAAAACCAAUUGUUGAUAUUGAUGCUUUAGUCACUGAAAAUAAGUAUCUUCAUGAGAGGAUAACACAAUUGCAAGUGGAGAAAGAGAUUAUCAAACGCACAUUGACAAAAUAUAAAACUCUACUGGAUAACCGAAACAAGAAUGACUCAUUGAAUUUCAAAAAAGGAUUUGCUGAUGUGAUGACACAAAAACAGGUACGUGAGUUUCUGGAUAUCAACUCUAAAACAGGCUUGAAAAGAAGUUCAGCUGCUGAACUAAAGUCCCUAUGUUUGGGUCUAUUUGAAGCAUUAAAUGACAAAUCUAUUGCACUCCAACACCAAAGGAAAACAAAUCAGAUUUUGGCAAACAGAAUCACAGAAUUGGAGAAGACCUUAGAAAGUUGGUGUAAUGGUCAAAAGUACAUUCCUAUAUUUCCAUCACAGAUGUUACUUGAAGAAUUCUUUCCAGAUACAGGAUCUGUGAAAUCAAAUGAAACAAAGGAGAAAAAUAGCAAUGAUAGUUCCGAAAAUAUAAAAAAUAAGUAUUCUGACAGUGAUGAAGAAUUAAAUAAGGAACACAGUGAUGGUGAUGACUCUUUGAGAGGAUAUAAAAACAAUUAUGAUGAUGGCAGUGAGGUUCAAGCUGAUAGGAAUAUAAGCAAGACAGUUUUACCUCAGGAAUUGGAGGAAUUAGUCAAAGAAGCACUUGCUGAAUUAAAACCUGUAGGUUAAAAUAAUUAUUGCUUAUCUAAAUGUAUGGAUAAAAAGGAACUGUUGCUUAAGAUAAUUUUAGCUCCAAUUAGUAUUUAUAACUAUGGUGAUCAAGCAUUCCAAAUAAUAUGAAAACAUAUUCUAGUCUAGUCCAAUGUAAUUUCUAGUCAUAAUUAUAAACCUAUUGUUAAUAUUUUAUUUUGGUUGAGUAUUUCAAAAAUAUUUAAUUAUUUAUACAUAUUAAAAAUAUUUGUCGUGAUUCAAGUU